UCAAUUUUUAUCAAUUACUAUGGUGCAGUCAGAAACUUUGAUACAUUGGUUAUAAUCAUGACUAAUUUCAGGAAUUUCUACAAAGGUGGUUAGUAAGAUCAUAUAUUUGUAUAUCAAAUACGUCAAUAUAUAAACCAUUAAAUAAUGGUAUUAUUGCCAUGAAGGAAUAACUAGAUAUUAUUAAAGGUAUACCAUUACAUACCUAAAAGAUUGAAGAUAUUUUGACAUCAUGGAUUAUAAUGGGUUGUCUUAAUGUCUGUCAAAAUAGUGUCUUCAUAUCUUGAAACUGUGUUAUUUUUCAUUCUUAAAGUAGAAUCUACCUUUAAAAAAAUAAAUAAACAAUCUCUUUAAAAAUGUGAUUAAAUCAUCAGCUAACAACAAACAUAUCCAUAGUAAUACAAGAUUAUACAAACAAGUAAUUUUUUUUACACUAUACAUAAUUAGUUUUUUUUACGCAAUUACAUAAUUCUUAUACACAUUAUUUGUUGGAAUUUUUUUUUGACAUAUUAAGGUAAAUUUAAAACCUGAAUUAAAAGCUAAUUACUAUGAAUUGGACAUAUAUUCAAAAAGACCAGAGAAGGAAAAGAAAAAUAAAAGUUUAGAAGAUGCUCAAAGCUUCGUGUAUUGUUCUUUGAUUCUUUCCCUCUCUCGAACACUCUUUUGAGUGUUCUCUCUCUAGAAUCUGUUGGACACUUCUCCAAACAUCCAAAGAAAAGUAACCAACAUCAAAUCAAAACAUCUUAUUUAAGCUGCAUAAACUUCUCCUAUAAUUAUUAUAAGCAAAAAAACAAAAGCAAGAAAAAAAAGUACUUAAAAGAUCAAGGUAAACAAAAUGGCUUUGGCACGUUUGGCAUUGAGAAAUUUACAACAAAGAGUAUCAUCAUCAGCAGGGUCCUUGCAAAAGCAAAAUAAGUGGAUUAAUAAUAAUGAGUUAGUUGCAAGGUUUGCAACAACUGCAGUUGGUGAUAAGGGAAAAUCUGAAGGAAGUGAAGUAGCUGUCUCAGAAGGUAAUAAUGAUAAGAAGUCAAGGUUGUUCCCAAGGAGAAGAGGUAGAAGAUGGCUUUCUAGAAAUGUUGAUCGUGACUUUCUUCCUGCUCCUUUUGAGUUAUUUCCAUCAGGUCUUGGAAAUGCCCUAAUGCAAGUAACUGAGAACAUCAACAAGCUAUUUAACAACAUGAAUUUGACACCAUGGUCAUUAAGUGGACGUGUGAAAGAAAGUGACAACCACUAUAAACUGAAAUAUGACAUGCCAGGAAUCCCUAAAGAGAAUGUGAACAUAACAAUUGGUGAUGGAGUGUUGACAAUAAAGGGAGAACACAAGGAAGAGAAAGAAGGAGGAGGGGAUGAUGAUGAUGAUAAUGAGUAUUUUUCAUCAAGUAGUUAUGGUUACUAUAAUACUAGUUUGGUUUUGCCUGAUGAUGCUAAGGUUGAUGAAAUUAAGGCUGAGUUGAAGGAUGGUGUCCUAAUUGUUACUAUUCCUAGAAGUGAAAAGCCUAGAAAAGAUGUUAAGCAAGUGAAUGUAGAGUGAUAUUAGGAUUGAUUCUAUAAGAGUGUGGUGAAGUUGUGAACUUAGAUGGAUUUGUGAAGUUUGUGACUUGUGAACCUAUGGCAUUAAUGACUUGUGUGUAUGUGUAUCUUUGAAUUUCAUAGAGAAUCAAAUAAAGUUUCUUACCUAUGCUAUAUA